GCGCCGCCCCAUCGCAGGGCCGCGGGCCGGGCUGGUUGGCUCCGUCCUCGGGCCUCAUGAGGCAGCUGGCUCCGGGGCGGGCCGGCCUAGGCCCUCCUCCUCCCUCAGGUCGGGCGGCCCGAGGGUAGCAGGAUGGGCGUUGAGUAGGUGCCGGCCUGCUCAGAGGAGCCCUCGCGCGAUGGCCAUGGCAGGGCCUCGCUCGCAAGCGCCGCUGCCGCCGCCGCCUGGAAGCCUCUCGUGGCUCCGGGGCGCCUGAGAGGAGGACGACGAGGAGGAGUCGCCUUCUUCCACCGCCCCCCGCCGCCCACCUUGGCUGUCCUGGCCGAGGCCCGGGGCAAGAAAUCUCUUCAGGAAAUGGCAUCUCCUAAAUCCUUAAUGCAUUUUUUGACCUUUACAUUUGGAUCAGCAAUUGGAUUUUUCUUAUGUUAUUUGCUAUUUAGUUUAGUGUUGGAAGAACAAGUUAAAGUUGAGCCUCAUCUCCUUUACAACAAUCCUCAUGGCAUUCACUCAGAUGAUGCUGAUGAAAGCCAUCAGCUGAAAGGACAAAUGAAUUUCAAUGCAGAUGCUGGGCAACAUAAAGAUGAAAAUAAAAAUAUUGCUGAAGAACUGUACCAGAAAGUAAGAAUACUUUGUUGGGUGAUGACUGGACCUCAAAAUCUGGAAACGAAAGCCAAACAUGUCAAAGCUACUUGGGCCCAGCAUUGCAACAGAGUGCUAUUUAUGAGCUCUGAGGAGAACAAAGACUUCCCAACAGUGGGAUUAAAAACCAAAGAAGGCAGGGAUCAGUUGUACUGGAAAACCAUCAAAGCUUUCCAGUAUGUACACGAUCACCAUCUUGAUGAAGCGGACUGGUUCAUGAAGGCAGAUGAUGACACGUAUGUUGCACUGGACAACUUGAGGUGGCUUCUUUCAAAACACAGUCCUGAAAAACCAAUUUAUUUUGGAAGGAAAUUUAAGCCUUUUGUGAAACAGGGCUACAUGAGCGGAGGCGCAGGUUAUGUGCUCAGCAAAGAAGCUCUGAAGAGAUUUGUGGAUGCUUUUAAAACCAACAAAUGUACUCAUAGCUCUUCUAUUGAAGACUUGGCAUUAGGCAAAUGCAUGGAGAGUAUUAAUGUAGAAGCUGGAGAUUCAAGGGAUACAACUGGCAAAGAAACUUUUCAUCCAUUUGUUCCAGAGCACCACUUAAUUAAGGGAUACCUACCCAAAACUUUUUGGUACUGGAAUUAUAACUACUACCCUCCCAUAGAGGGUCCUGGCUGCUGCUCUGACCUGGCAGUUUCUUUUCAUUAUGUUGACGCCACCACUAUGUAUCAGCUGGAGUAUUUGUUUUAUCAUCUCCGUCCUUAUGGGUACCAGUUCAGGUACAAUCCUGAUGCUCCUAAGGAUCAAGGAAAGCAAAAUUUAAGUGAUGCAGCAAAGGGUGAUAUAAAAGCCAAAGCUGAAAUGGAAAAGCCUUUGAAAUCCUCUAAAUAAAAUGUUUGGUACUGCACUGAAGGCGCCUUAUGGAAUGCUGAACUAAAACAUUUAGCUUACAGUGGAGCUAGAUGGAUUUCUUAAAUAAUUACAAGUGUUCCUUCAUGUGGCUGCAGCCAGCAGAUUCUUUUCUAAUCAUGCUGGUAGCAAGGUCAUUUCACAUGCCAUGAGGACUGCAAGGUCAAGUCUAUAAAACUUUGUAGUGAGGAAUUAAAUGUCUUUAAUCUUGAUUCAGUAAUGUAUGCACACAAAUCUUAAAUUGAAACAAAUAUCUGUUUUCCACAUUUACCCACAAUAUGCAGUAUUUUAGUCAUUUUUAUCAUGAAACAAUGCUUUGUGUCAAUUCUUGGACACCUUCAAUUAAUUACAUUAGAUACUGUUGCAUUCUUUGUUAAAGGAUUCAAAUGUGGAGUAUUUAAACAGAAGCUUAUCCUGACAAAGUUAGCAGUCAAGAAAUGAGCCUCCUGCUUAGAUGCCAAAGUUUAAUAUUUAGAUCUAAUUUUCGAAAUGUUGGUGAAUAUGUUGGGUUUUAGUUUCAUACAUUGGAAGGAAGUUUGAGAGUGUUUGAGAUGUGGCAGAAGGUUAGGUAGAAACUUGAAUGAGAAUCUUGAGUUCUGUAGUAUUAUAAUGGGCACAGUUUCACUAGAUAAAUUAAAAACAUAUCCACAUAUAUUUAUCAUGCUUCAUCCAGAAAGUUGAUUACUAUAAGAACUACUAUGAUAGUACUAUAGGAAGCAGCAAACUGUCCAUAGCUCCAUUCUGGUUUAAUGCUAUUGAUUCCUUUUUUUAAAAAAAAGAAAAACCUUUCUUUGUUUAUACAGCUGGACUUGCGACAUAAUGUGAUGUUAUGUUGCCUGUUUAGAAUGUUAAGUGUUUGAUAGUUUCCAUUUAGGGUUAGAUGGCUGUUAUUAUUUAGUUCAACUUUAAUAGUAUAUUCCUAUUUCUUGUGUGACAUCCUUUUGGUCAGUCUAAAACAUGAUUUCCCCUGUGUGUUUCAGAUGGUUGUGUUGUUGUGUUAGGCUGUUUUAAAACAGAUCUUUAUCCACACAUGAAGGAGCUGUGUACUUUGUGCUAAACUUAACAGUAGUGCAGUUUUCCUGUAGCCAUCAUGCACUCACACUCUAGAUACUGUGUACUGAAUUAUUUUCCCCCACCCAACUUCAGAUUUAGACUUUCUCGCUCUGUAGUCCUGCUAAAGUGAUCUACCAAGGCUUGUUUUAUGUUUGCCUUAAAUUCAUCAUAUUGAUGAUAACAGUGAGAUUUUGUACUUGAUGGUGUUUGCUGGUUAGAAAUCAUCGCCAAGUUUCCUGAACUCAUUACUAUGUGCUUUUUAAUUGAAAUGGAGCACUGGAGAAUUACCACUGUCUUAUAAGAUUGUUUACUUCAAGGUUUCCAUAUGCAGUACACCUCUGCCUCUCUCCAUUGUUUAGGCAUGGGAUAAUAGUAUUGUUCUGUUGCCACUGUUGCUCUUAAUGAAUGCUCAGUACAAUCUUAACAUUUCUUCUUAACUAGAUAGGCUUUACCGCACAUGAAAAUAACAGACUAGAUUUUUAAAAUUUAUACUAUAGAACUGUCUGUGAAGUUUUGAAAACUGAAAUUUCCAGAAUGGUGCAGAUCUUGGCUUUUAGACAUGCUGUUUCUCUGUUACAUCCAUCACAAGGGGAAAGUGCAAAAAAUAAUAGGCAUGCCAAAUUCUCAGAGCAUCUUUGGUGACAGAUGCAUUGCUGAGACAAAUGUUAAGCUAUUGCUCAGUAGUAGAAUAAAUUUUUGCUUAUGUGAUAUAUAACAUCUUUUUAAUCUCCAGCUUGUUUAUACCCGUCUCUUCUUUUGCUUGUUUCGACUUUAGUGGCAUUCAUCUGUCCGACCCAUGUCACAUGGCAAUCUACCUCAAAGUAUUUUCCAAGCACCUGGUAUAAAUUGCCACUGCUUUAGUGAAGUGUGUGGCUAAUCUUUGGAUGGGGAGAGUGAACUAUUCUAAGUCAUUUUGCAUUAAAGCAUCAGAAUGUCUGUUAAUUUUUAGACCCUUUCUAUUCAUGAGUUUAGGUAGCUGGAUUGCUGUCAGUUUGGCAGCAAAAGGGUACUGAUAUCUGCAUACUUGAGGGACUCUCUAGGUUUACAGAAACUAAAAUAAAUUAAAAUUAAACUCUCCUCAAGGUGCAUGGAAUAUUGAUGUCAGUUGAGUGAAGAUAAAGCAAACCAGAUAUGGGGGUGGGAUUGGAAGGAAUUGACCUUCUCGGGCCCCUAACAGCUUAUAGGAAGUAUGAUGGGAUAUAUUGCAUCUGAUUAAAAAAAACCUCUUCUCUCUGCAUUAUACAGAGAUGUUCUAGAAAUAAAGGAAAAUAUAUAUGUAUAUGCAUUCUGGUUUGGAACCUGAGCCUUCUAGCACUGUAGGAACAUAGAAAACACAGAAAUCAGCCUUAUAGCCAGACUGCUUGUCCACCUAGCCCUUUAGUGUCUCCUCGACCCAGCAGAAACUCUCCAGGAUCUCAGGCAGAGGACUUUCCCAUCACUUUCUACCAGAUACUUUUAAGCAUCCAAAGGCCUUGGAGGAGAGGACUUUGCCGCUACUUUCCCCUGUGAGAUCUGAAAAACAAUAGAAGGCUACCGUUCCGGGCUGGUUGGAGCCCUGAACAGGAGCAGUUAUUUUUCAUUUGCUGGGAAACACAGCAGCAUUUUCUUGCAGAUGGCACUUGUAUGCUUAAUAUAUUCUUUCAUCUGGGGUGUGCUUGACAAUCAUUUGUAUUGACAUGGCCGCUCCUGGCAUUCCAAGGAGACAAGAUGCUGGCUCCUGGGAAUUCAAUAGAUCAGUAACUCAGCUGGUCCAUUGAGUCCAGACUUCCCUAAUUUGUUGCCACAACUACUGAGUUAUUGUGAAUAGUAUAAGACUCUCCCUCUAUAUGCUUAGUUGUGUAUAUUUUUACAAGAUGCAUGGGAUGAGACUUUUAAAUCCUAGAAUACAUCCAAACUAAAACACCUUAAUUUUAAAAUAUUGAAACUUUUUUGUUUAUGGAAAUAACAGCAGAACAAAUAGUCAAUUCAUGAAGAAGAUCAGUGUUUUUACUACUCAAACCUGGCAUUUUGCUCUCCCCUUGUUUAUACCUAUCUGAACACUCUUAUCAAUGCCUGCAUUCUCUCUCAUCUCAUUCCCUCCCCCCAUACACUCUUUCAGCGCUUCUAACUCUCCCCUCAACAUGUCAUUUUAAAAAUCUGUCAGUCGGAAUCCACCCAAAUGUUUCGUCACAUGCCCCUGCUGUUAAUCAUUCUCCCUCUUCUGUUACACCCCCCUUCCGAACAAUUGUCUGAAUUUGAUGUUCCAUGACAACAGAAAAGAAUAUAAAUCAUAGUUUAAACAGUACUACUGAAUUCCACAGGUCUGUAUUCCAUUUGCAGAACUCAUUUGUAACAACCCCUUCCAUGGAUCAAAUGGAAACUUCACAGUUAAUAGAGCCAAUAUGUACAAUGCCCAUUGAACUGUCACAGGUGUCAUGUUGACAGUUCCCUUUAAGGAAUCUGAUUUGAAGAACCACAACUAGUAAUUCAGAGUCUCGGCCUCCUUCAGUAUAUCUGUUUAUUCAGAAACAAGAAUGAGGCCCACAUUUAAUCUAGGCAUACAUUUCUAAGAAGGAUGUUUCUUGUAGGAGUCACAGAAUAAUUAUUCAAAAUUCCAGCAAGAUUAGCAGUUCCUUGCCCUCCUGCAGUGACAAUUGCAUAUUCACCUGUAUCCCCAAGUUUAAUGUAUGAAUACAACUGCCCGUUUGCAUCCACAGUCAGUUGAAUUUAUUUUCUGAUCCCUGCAUCUUGGCAGGUUAAAGCAAGAUAGAGUUCUUGUUCCCAACUUACCAAGGUUUCACAUUUUUUUCCCUUUUGGUUGAGGUGAAGUCCCCAGAGUUUUAUGUUGUCUUCACAGCUGUUUUUCCAGGGCUUAAGCCCCUCUGUUAUGUUAGAUUUAGAGUAUUCAGUAGCCUUUUUCUGGUUCCCAACAGCCAAGUCGCUUUUCCACAGACUCAAGUCCAAAUCAUAGUUCUCUCAAGUGGAGUGUGUUGGACAGUCAUUUGUAUUGACAUGAUGACUCGUGAUGUUCUAAGGGCCCCCAUACAAUUUCUGCAAGCUCUUGCAGGAAUGAAUAUGCAGCUACUGCCUCAACAGAACCAAUCUUAAUAUGGUCCGCUACAGAAUCACACCUUAAGUUUUACUUCCUCCCUAUGUCUAGUCUUGGUGUUAACUCAGCAAUGGUGGAAAGGGAAUUCCAUACUACAUUAGCACAAGCUUCAGCAAAUUCAGGGUACUUUAUUUCACUACUCCUUGGCAGAUGAAUUCUCACUUAGAACCUUCUCAAGAUCAACUUCUGCAACUGUUCGUGCUCUUUUGGUUCCAAAUCACCAGUACUGCAAGCCACUUGCCCUGGUACACCAUAAGGAGUGCGAACAGAGUGCAGGUCUCAACCGAACUUUUCUGCCUCCUAGUUACAACUUGUACCUGGGCCACUUAACACCAUGAGUUGGCUCUUGGAGAGUGCUGUCUCUAAGCUGAACUGCUGUGGCUCCUGAACCCUCUCGGCCAAGGCUACCUGGGUGGUUCUGUGUAUGCAUUCUGCAAUCUCACAUUCUCUGACUUCUCUUGUAAUAAUCUUCAAUUCAUUCUUCUUUCUAUAUCCUUGAGCUUUGAUCCAUGUUUCUUCUGGGCUUCUUCUCCCUCUACUCCAAUUCUUGGCUCUCUGUUUCAUUUCCAGACAGGGCACCUCAAGCUCAAGCACCAUUUUUUAAACCUCUAUGGAAUCGGGAUUCAUCCCAGAGUCUUUGUUACCUCCAUUUGAAUUUGGUGCUUUCUUAUAAGGCAUUAUCUAGCCUCUACUACCUCUCCAGACCAAAAUAACACUUGACUGCAUGGCUCUGGGUCUUCUCUUAAAGUUCGGGGUCACCAAAAUUCUGGGGUAUUCAGGACUUCACCAGUUUUAUCCCAUGAUUUCCAAAUUCUAUGAAUUUGGAUGCUACCACUUUGCUGCCAAGUUGGGACAUCUUGGGGUCCUAUAGAAGGCCCCUGGGCAUCAUUAGGCUUGUUUUGUCAGCUGGUUCACUCAGUCUACACUUUCCUAUUCUCAGAACAACCUGCUACCUGCGUGGAUCAGCCAAAGAUGUGGCAUGACACUUUGAUCCUAGAAUCAUCAAAGCCAGAACACUUAAGAACAUUAGCUGUAUUUAUAGAAAAUAGUAUGUCAAAUGAUAAAGAAGAACAAAUUGUUUUACUAUACUAACCUGGCAUACCUGACUUCUCUCUUUACAGCUGUCAUAACUCUUACCUAUGCCUUUAUUCUCUCUCUCUCCUCAACUGUUCUUGUUCUGAUUCCAGUUUUCCAUCAUACACCCUUGCUGUCAGUCAUUAUUCUACUGACUUUUCUGUUCCACAGUGGAUCUUAGGCAGUUUCACAUUAUUUGCUGAAGCACAGUUGCAGAAGUCCUUAGUAGGGUGGGUGGGGGUAUUCCUCAUCCCUUUCCUUUCCCCUGUAACUUUCCUUUCCCCCAUGACAUCUGAAAUCACUACAAGGCUCCUGCUUCAUGCUGUUUAGAUGCACUACAGCAUUUUACCGCAGGUCCCACUUGUACAUCUAAAGUUAUUUAAGUUGGGGUCCGUCCAUCAUUUGUAUUGGCACAGCAACAAUAGUACCAUGUAGGGUACUAUUGCACAGCAACAAUAGUACCAUGUACCAUGUAGGGAGCAAUGUUUUGCUUCAUACAUUGGCGCUUGUUUUAUUUGCUGAUUUUCAAAGUAAAGGCUUGGAUCUAUUUCCACCAGUUACCUCCACAUGUUACAUAACACAUCAUUCUAGAAGACCCCCCCAAACCCUCAAGAACAGCAGCUGUAGCUGGAAGUCGUGAGUGUGCCCCGUUAUUUAGUCUGAGUGAGCCACCGUCGUUCAGUAUUGGGAGUGCAAAGGCUACCACUGAGCCAGCUAAACAUUUAUUUACUUUUUUGACCAGGAGUGCCUUUAGCAGGAGGAGGCACAGGUUAUCUUCUGGGAAGCAGCUUAUUACUGUGGGGUUCAAGUUUUCUUCCACCCUUUUCUUUAAACUAUUUUCUCUCUCUCAGUGUUGUAUGUUCAGUGUAGAGAAGCAGAAUAGCACCCAGCUGCCAAAUUCUGAAGCUCGACUCCUCCUCGUUCAUCGCAUCCCUGAUCUUGGUUCUAAAAGAUGGAAAUUGUAGUAUUCUAUUAAAUAUCUAGUAUUCUUAAUUACAAAAGUAUGUUUGCAUCUAAAGGCACAAGAGAUCCCUUUAGGUAUUGGUGUACACUCUUGUGGAUUGGCAUAAAAUAAUGGCUAGCUGAGUUGGCCACGUCCACAUCAUAAGCUUAAAGCAUGGCUUUCUCCAAAGAACUGUGGGACUGUAUUUUGUUACAGGUGCUGGGAAUUGUAGCUAAGGGAGUGGUGCAAACAACAGAUCCCAGAAUUCUUUGGGGGAAGCCAUAACUAUUAAAUUGCUACAAAUGUAGUUCCAGCGUAUAGUGUGGAUAUGAACAUUGCUGAACUGAACGUCAGUUUUGAUCUGCAUUGCUUUUGUAUUCUUUUGUUCUAUACAAAAUGUGCUUGUCUUGUUCAGCUUGUGAAAAAACAUUCAGCGAAUCGUUGCCUAAUCAGAUCAUUUUAAUCACUUUUCGUUGAAUUCACUUAACUAUUUUUAAAGCAUCUUUUAAAGCAGUGUUCAAAUUACUUUAUUGUCAGAGUGAUGAGAUGGCUUCUGUACGUAUUACACUUCUAACUUCUUUGUGUUUCCAUUUAACUAUUAUAAUAAAGGUUAGGAUUGUGAGACUUCUGUCUGUGGAGAAAGUAUAAGCUGGUCCCAUCCUUGAUCUCGAUGUAUAUUGUAAAAUGAUACCAUACUCGGAUUGUAAAGCUUUUUUUGUUGUGUUUCGUGUAUUAACAAUGUAUAUUGUGUACAACAAACUGUACAAAUCUUACUAGAAACACAUCUGAAAAGAUAAACUUAACUGCUGAGCAGUGUAUUGAGUUUUUAAGUGACAGGCUGAGGGUUUUUUCACAGCAAACGGUGGCUGACUGGUUUGUUCAUGUGAUAAAUAUAAAUCACUGUUUUUAAAUAUCAUCUUUGAAGUGCCUUUCUCCAUUUUUUAAGCAAUUAAUUUAAAUGAAGUGCACAAAUAAAAAUAACUUAUCUCAAUUAAAAAAGAACUCCCUUGUGGCUUUCAAUGGCAUAUGUUGUGAAUUCCAUUAUAGUGUUCUGAGCAAUGGAUCAAGAAAUACUAAGUGUUUGAGUUGUAUCUGAGUUUUACUCAAGUAGACACCUAUUUAAAUGGACCCAUACUAGUCAUGAGUGUAACUAACAGUAGUUACAAUCCCCUUAUAUGGAUGGAUACUGUGUUUAUGAUGCUUCUUCCUGGAAAGAUGGAUCAUAUAAAGAGAAUCAAAGAGCUGUCAGAUCUUUGGCUCAUCUAGCUCAACUUUAUUCUGAUGCAGCAGCUGACAUGUUUACUAUUGUCACCUGAUAUAUUUGUUUUAAACUCUUUUUAACAUUGUAUUUUAAAAUUGCUGUAGCCCACCCUGGAUGUUGUGGUGAAGGGUGGCUAAGAAAUUAAACUAAGCUUCAUAACGUCCCACUUAUUCUGCCAGUUCUGCUACCUCAAAUCAAGAGAGCCCCUUUAUCCUGUGUUUUCAGCUACUCUCUUCAUUGGAGCUUCAGAACAAUCUCUCUGUGCGCCAAUAGGUUAACCGUGUGCCUGAAUUAAAGUUUACUUACAUUGUA